GCUCUCUAUACACAACAAGGAAGUGGAGGAGAUCCUGCAGACUACAUGUCCCAUGAUGCACCGGGAGCCCAGCUAGCAGGCCAGGCACAGACACAAUCCGGGAAUAGAUCGCUAGCCCUGGGGGCCGUGCACAGCUGAUCGCGGCGGCCGUGUGUCCGGAUUUGGUCGCACCAUGGACGAUCACAGGCCGGUCAUGUCGCAAAGCAGCGAUUCUUGUGAUGUGCCUUUGCCAAAUCUUCAACCACGACACCAGGAGCUGAUCCCUACGCCGUUUGGUCCCAUCAAACCCUGGGCAGAACUACCAUGGCCAAUAAAAACAUAUUUUUGCUUUGCCAUCGUCUCCCUUCUUUGUGUGCUUGGUUUAACGAUCGCCAACCUUGUGCAACAGAGUAAUGAAGAUUCCACAGUGUCCCUCAUACAGCUGAUCGGAGUUGUGUUCUGCAUCUAUUAUGUGGUUCGGGGCAUCCUACAGGAAAACCGCCAAGAACUCAUCGCCUUUAUAGUCUCCAUUCUGCUGGAAAUGAUUCGCUCCAUCAUCAACUUCAGUGUUCUCUCCAAAGAUGCCAAGCCUGAUAUACAGCCACGAUUUAUCGUGAUCCUCCUUGUUGGUCUGUUCCAUGUGGUCUGUUCUCUGAGCCUGGUGCUAGGGCAGAAUAUGAUGGCAUUCCGGGUAGGGGGUGCACUGGAGAGUCUGCAGGUGCAAUACAACAUGCUGAAUCUCUGCUUCUCACUGCUGACCUUUGACCUACAAGCGCAGCUCUGCCUCACGGUCUUGGUCUUGGUCUCUGGCCUAUAUGAAAUCUCUACAGUUCAUAGCAUUAUUCUUGGCAUUGGCUUGUGCUGGGCUGUUCUGAAAGUCACCAUUGGAAUUCUAGCUAUCCUAAAAGAACUAAAGCCACUGGUGUGGAUCUUUUUGCUGCAGAACCUUCCUGAAGUGGCCUAUCUCAUUUAUCUCCUGUACAAGGUGGCGACAGAGUGGGGGAAGGGAGACUCCUACACCUUAGAAGCUGCGGCUGUGAUGGGCUCUAUCAUCUCGGUGGUCAUUAAGUCUGUGCUGUUUUGGAGUCUGUUCCAUGUGUACCGCAGCUUCGGCCAGGGACUGAGGGAGAGAAUGUUUUCUUCCUAUGGAAGGAUUGAUUCAUGAGAAGCGACGGGCUGUUUUCUCAUAGCCCUACAAGGGACUCCUGUACUUGUGAGAGGUGGACAGUAACUGCACUCUAGAGAUGUCUCUGGAAACGGAAGGGAAUGUUUCUAUAUUUCAUCGCCAAGUUGUACAGUAUUUUACCUUUACGCUCCUUCGGCCUAGGCCUGCCAAAGCACUGCAGUAACAUAUAAGCUCCACUAGGUGGUGUCGCAGAUUUCACAUUCACCCUGAUUAAUGUAGCAAGUGUGCAAAAAAAAAAAAAAAAACUUGAUUGUUAGAG